UCAGAGGAGACCUGCUGGUAACGUCUUUCUGCCAACUCAUGAAUCCAAUAGUUGCAGUUGUGAAGAUCCACCUGCAGAGGGAGACAUUAUACCAAAAUAAAACUCCUUAAAAUCUGACAGGCACCUUUAAAUUAUCACAUAAAAGUGAACAAUCACGACAGUAUACUGAAAAACAACGGUAAGAUGGCAUGACAGGCGAUUAAAUUACGGUUAAAUACACCGAAGCUUUUCAUUCAGCGGGAAAAUGUGAGCUUUAGCCUGAAAAAAAGACCGAAUAUCAUUGACUCAGCCAACAAUAAAACACGGAUAUUUGCUAAAAACUACAGAAAACGUAGGAAAAAACGUUAAAUUCCUGCUUUAAUGUUAUUUAUGUCGUGCUAAUACCGUCUUAAUUCAUCAAUUUGCUGUUCCCUCCAAGUUUUUCAACAGCCAGUGUUUGCUAGCGUUCUAAAUUUACACAACUUCCGUUUUCGACAAAAUAAAAGCCUAACGGCAAAUUACCAAACUAAAUAUUAAGAUAUGUUAUAGUGAGAUAUGCAGUUUUUGAUGAUAGUAUUGUAUACUGUUUAAAUGAGGUAAAUUCACAACAUUAUACCAAAGAACUCUUAAAUUUGACCGACAUCUUUGAAUUAUCACAUAAAGUUGAACAAUCACGACACGGUACUGAAAAACACCGGUAAGAUAGCAUGGCAGGCGAUUUAAUGACGUUUAUUUACACUGAUGCUUUUCAUACAGUGGGAAAAUGUGAGAUGUAGCCUGAAUAAAAAACCGAAUAUCAUUGACUCAAAUCUGGGGUGAGGACAGCCAACGACGAAACACGGAUAUCUGUUAACUACGACAGACAACUUAAGAAAAAAAAGCUAAAAUUCCUGUUUUUAAUGUCACUUAUGUCGUGUUAAUUUAAUCUUAAUUCAUCAAUUUGCUGUUUUCCCUCCAAGUUUUUCAACUGCCAAUGUUUGCUAGCGUUCUAAAUUUAAAUAACUUCCGUUUUCGACAAAAUAAAAGCCUAACGGCAAAUUAUAUUAUAUAAUACAUAUUAAGAUAUAUUAUGUUAAGAUAUGCAGGAUCUUAUUUUCCGUCAUGCUGAUAAUACUGUAUACUGUUUAAACGAGGUCAAUUCACAACAACAAAAAGGUUGGUCUCAACUUGUCAACGUAGUGCCUCAAAUGUCUCAAGAUUGACCAGCUGACUUCAGUUGACUGCAGCUCUUCCUGUUUAAAUAAUGAUUGCUUAAUGUUACAGUAAGAUUAGCACAUUGCCAGGAAAGAGCCCUAAAACCUUUUUUUUUUUCUUCUUUUAUUGACAGUUCCAUGCACCACGUUGAAGCCCUUCAGUGAUCUCCUUUCUGAUGCAAAUUCAAUGCAAUCUAGGUGACUUGGCAUGCAAAGACUGAAGGAGUCAUGCUCUGUGCAUCUUUCUCUGCUUUUGAAAACCAUAUCACUCACACUCCCUGCCUGCCAGCCAGUCUGCUUCCUGCAGCAAAGAAGCCACCUCUGCAGACUUGAAGACAUUAAUGUCCCCUGUUUGGUCGCCUCUUCCUCUUGGUGUGUCGAAACAAGGGAUGCCUUUGAGUCUCUCUGUCCAGCUGCACUGCCACAUUCAGAUGCACUAACACUACCUCCCUGUGUAAUCACUUGCUACCCUGAGAAAUGACAGAAGGAGUUUGGGGAAAAAAAGAAGAAAGGGAAGAAAUCAGGGUGGUAGACUUGGGUUGGGAGACCCUGAGAGGACAAAUGUGGUUCAGAGACACCUGACAAGGUACAAUUGUGUCAUCAGUUGUCUGAUUUUUACAAAGGACUGUUUUUUCUUGCGAAGUUCAGGCAAUACCCUUCAAAACUGCGUAAAUGUGACAUGUAAGGUGUGGCCUACUUUUUUCUGUGUCGAUGCUCUGAAAAGAACCACAGAUGUAGCUUCCUGGAGUACACUGAUGGCGCUCUGAAGAUUGCUCAUCACUAUUUCUUUAAGUUUUUUUUUUUAUCUUUCUCUACGGCUACUGCAUUUGUAUGCACAGUUUUUUUCUCUCUCUUUCUCCUCCCCCCCUUUAUGCUGAAACACACACACACACAGAAACUGAUGUGAGUUCCCCUAUCUGUCAGAGCCAGUUCCUCCAUGUAAGAUGCUGGCUUGUUUAUGUUGGACGAGGUGGACUGAAUGACUGUUUCUCGAGCUCUACUUUGAAACUUGUUUGAUGCUCUUUCUUUUGACAUGCCUGGUUACUUUGGAGGAGGAGUUAGCUUGUUUUGUAGCUGAUUUGUGGUUGAUCGAUACCCUCAGAUAGUGCAGAGUGAGGUUGACUCACACAUAGAGUGACAAGCAGGGUUUAGGUGUGGAGCUUUUUCUCUUCUAGUCAACUUGCGGUAAGUAGGCAGCCCUCACCCCCAGCAGCUCGAUGUCCUGUGCCAGCUCUCGCUGUCCUGGGCGCAUAAAUACAUAAGGACACAGAGGAGCAGAAGGAGGAGGAGAGGGAGGAGCAGGGCCAACCAUGGAGCUGUAGGGACACGCUCAGAUGCCCGUGCGGAUCAUCAGUGGAGGAGGAGUGCCCCUGAGGAGAAGAGUUCUGCAAUGAACAAGACCAGAAGGUAAGUUCAAGAGAAAAGACUCGGGUGCAUCAAAACUGAGAGUCUGGUACAUUCAAAUCUACCCUCAGCUCAGUUUCUUAGCAGCUUUAGGUCUAAGUAUGUGUCAGCAGCAACUGUGCUGUGUGCAGCAGCUAUGUGUGAUUCUUGAGGUUUUCAGAUGCACUGUGGUUUUCUGCAAAGGCUCUUAACACGUUGGAGACAAAGAAGGGUACAAGGUUUUAUUUUGUUCUUGGUGUUGGUCUGUUUUCUGCUUCUUAGUCAAGAGACAGCGAAGAAGAGGUUAUAUGUUGAAGAGAUGUUGCACAUAUCAUACAAACACAGUCAGUAAAAGUUUGAGUAUCUGACCUGCAUUAUCAGUGAAUCAACAUAUCAGGUUAUUUGUGUGUACUGCACACAAGCGAGAUCAGACAUUCAACAGUCGUGCGUGCCUGUUAAGCGCUUCAAGCUCACCUUUCUGUCAUAGAUUUGCUGUUUUUGUUCAGGUAUUCAAUUUUUAGUUCAAUGUUAUUUUUGCAUUUGAUCUGAGAGACGUCUCAGAGACUUUACACUUCACCGCUUUUGGAGCUUGUGUUUUGUGUACAUAUCUAUUCUGCAGUAGUUGUGACAGCUCUUAUCAGAUUGACUGGAAUGAAGAGCGUCUGUAUCGAAUGUUAAGGUGGCCGAGCCUGUGUUGUGUUGUGUUUGAUUCAACCACCUGCGUUUAAGGAGGACUGAUUAAGAGUUUGGUUAUCUUAGCAUAAAAGCUUUCAACCGCUCGUCUUGUAUUCAUGUGUCAACAGACUGGAAUGUGGACCAAACUCUAGAUAAAGUAAAUCAGAAUUCAUAACCUGCCCGCUCACUUUUUCAUCAGAGUUUGGAUGAGAGAGUGAAGGAGGACGCGCUCUGAAUCAAGUUGGGUCUGGGAAUCGAUCCUAUGAUGACCAUUGUAACUAGUACUGGAGAUUCUGUAUGUGGGGCGCCUACGCUACCACCUACAGCAGACCUCUAAAGAGUUUGUGUAAUAGAUGAUUCAGUCGUAUGAAGACAAAUUGUUCUAGAGGAGAAUUACUCUUUGACUGAAUUACAACAUCUGCUCACAUUUUCAAGUGAGUCUUUUUCUUUUCUCAGAUAGGACAGUGGAAGAGAAACGAGACGUGUGAUUGUAACUUUCCUAAAAGCAUGAUCAUGACAUGGAAAUGAGUCAUGUUGAUGAAGGUGUGUGUGAGAGAGUCAGAGGGGAGUCUGCACCUCCACAGAAGGGUGUGAAGCGCAGGAACGGCCUCACCGUCCCAAACCGUUUCUCAACAUCUUUUCCCGCUCCAAACAGCUUGAUGAAUGUUUGCUGCUAUUUUCUGACACUCACAACAAAGGCUGGUACAGUGACUUUAUUAAUGGACCGACUGGAUGAACUGCUCAUUGCAGUGGAUGCAUCCCCCUUGAUGCAAAGAGGGAAACAAGAACGCAGGUUGUUAGAGGCUAGAGCAAGAGAAAAAGAGCAGCACACAAACAAGGCCUUCAAAGGGUCCCUGGCUUCAAUUAAUCAAUUAAGGAAAGAAAGAGAGGAAUUUGCAUAUCCCCCCGCCAGUGUGAGAGCGAGAGAGAGGGAGAAAGGGGAGGAGGGAACUGGAUCCGCGGCCAGGAGUCCUGACACAGAUGGGAAAGAGAGUGGGAGAAUGAUUUUCAAAGAAAAAGGAAAAGCUGUUUCCUGAAUGGCUUGAAUAGAAAAAUGGUGAAGGAAGAGGAAAAAAGUGGGUGAAGCAGGAGUUGGUGAGGAAGUGAAGAUAGGAAGGUAUACCCCGAGUCAAAUCAGUGACACGAUGAAGCAAGAACAAAGAUCACCAGUGUUUAUUUACUUCUUUUUUAAAACCUCCUCACUUACACACAGAUAGAUGAUUUUACGUUUACUUGCUUUCUGCUUCUGACUGCAGAUGAUAAAACAGGACCUACAGCUGUCUUCAGAUCUGCACUGAAGUCCCUAAACUCUUCAUAUAUUCACCAAAAUCCUUCAAACAGAAAUAGAGAAAAUAGAUCAGUGACUGACUGCUGUGCUCUGUGUUACCUGCUCUGUACUCUGGGGAAUUCCCUGAAAAUACUGUGACAUCAAUAACCUGACUCCUGUCAGCACUUCUGUUUGUUGUAGCGAGUUCGUCUUCUCAUAUAUGUGUGUGACUGCUCUGACAGACCGCCGCGUUCACUCUGAGUCAGUGAGAGGGGCGAUAGCACGUAAAGGGCACUGAGAUAUGGAAAAAAAACGUUCAUCACAAGUCGAGAAAACAAAACAGUCAAAUGAACUGCAAUGGUGUCAUAAUGAAGCCUGUUUGUUUCAAUUUAUUAAUAUAGUUUGCACUACAUUUAAUAAAAGACAAAUAAAGCCUUAAACAUAUAAUGUAUGUAUAAAUGUAUAAACAUCAGUAUCUGUAAUUUAAUCGAUGCAAAAACCCAAAUUACUGUUUGUUAUGUAAAAUCAGCCAACCAAACCAAAAGGGAUGGUGUGAGCUCCACUAACUUAAAGGUUUAUUGUUGUUUUUGGUCAAGAAGAAAAGACACUUAUAGAUUAUUCCUGUUAAGAGCUGAAGUGAUGGUAAUUUGGAGCGAUCACUCAAGUGUCCGGGUAUUUUAGUAUUUUUAUCGACUCUUUUUGUCCCGUUCCUUAAAAUUGGGUUUGCUCGAAUGAAAUGAGAAAUUUUCCUUUUUCAGUCUAAAGCACGAACACAGAAUCUGAGGAAACAGUGUCUCAUAUAACCUCAACUUCUCCUAAAGGAAGGACAUUACAUAACGAGUGAUGAGAACUACGUUCUCUGCUGGGCAUUAAUGCAGAAGCAUCAUAAAUGGCAGAGGUCUGGAUCAGAUGAACCCAGACACCUUGAUUGUUUGCUUGUUUAGUUUUUGUACCAUGAAAUUGGUACAUGAUGUGCUGUUUAGUGUUAGUGUUUUGAAUUCAGAGGCCGGUCAGUGUAAUGAGGCGAAGAGGAGGAGGAGGAGGAGAACAGGGGUUUUGUUGCCCAGCAGGUUUCCGAACCAGCCGUCUGGAAAUGGACUACCAGGGUGCACACAGAUGGGGUCAUCCCUGACAUCCCCCCUGAAGUCUGGGGUUUUGGAUCUAGACAUGGUUGAGAGAGGAGUGUAUAAAUGUGAAAUGUGUGUCUUUUUGUGAAAACUGUGACAGCUGAGAAACAGACAGGAGAGAGCUGGAGGUAUAAAUAGAUCUGUGAAUGUUGUAUCGCAGCAUAAAGCACAACAAAUGUCUUUGUGUGACUGCAGUGUGAAUUUGUGUUGAUUCUGUGUGUGUGUCUGUGUGUGUGUGCGUGUGUGUGGGCUAGUGAAAGGGAUGCAGGUCUGGUCAUUCAGGGAACUUACCGCCAUUUCUCUGAACUCACUGUUUCCUGGUAAUGUCAUCACAUUAGCGACUGUAUAUAAAAACGACACAGACUCGCUGUGCCUAUGGUACACGCUGUCUCUUUGGAUACACAUGCACAACAUCUGAAAAAAAAACACACACACAACCAACAGUGAAUGAAAAAUGAUCAGAAACAUGAUCAGGUACCAUUCAAACUGUGAUUUUAUCUUUUUAUACUUUGAUAAAGGGUAGAGAGUCUGUGGUUGUGUCUUUCACGCUGGUGCAGCCUGAAUGUAAAUUGUGAAAAAGAGUCACUUACUGGUUAUUGUGAAAUGCAGUAAGACAUUGCUAAACUAAACCCCUGAUCUGAAGAGGAAGCACAGUUUUUGCGCCCUGAAGCGAAGGAGUCCUUCUUUUGUCUGAGUGAGUUUAAAAACGUCAUUUUAGAGUAAAUCCUCAGACUGGAGCUGCUGCUCUGUUAUCCUCCUUUUCUGACGCUUUUCUUUUGCUCAUGUCACCUCUCUAAAAGUCAUUUAAGCUUCACUUUAUGGACAGAGAUCAUUCAUUCAUUCAUUCAUUCAAAUCUCAAAGACCAUUGCUUAAUGUUGUCACUCUUUCCCUGACCUAACCAAGUUAAAUUGCACUGAAAAAGUAAAGCUGUUUCAUAUUUCAUUAAAACUUCGGAUUAUAACGUCACCAAAUAGAUUUCCCUUUCUCUCUGUGAAAUUUCUUUUCGUCGCCCUGUUUUUACCUUUGAGUAACUCUCUCAUAUGAACCGAUUUUAGUUACCUUCAGCUGCAGACUGUGCAGCUCUGUUUCUGAGUGACAUCCAGGUCCUGAGAGGAACUAGUUUCUGAGGAAACACUGAAUUACAGGGGCUUACAAAUCAAUUUUACUGUAAUAUGACCUCAUUCAAAUAUUACAUAACAUUGGACUUAAUCAGCCUGACUUUCAGGUUUUUGGGUUGUACGAGCAUAAGUUUAAUUUUAAAGGUACAUUUUGUGUAGAAAUGGGACCCUGAGGUGAAGUGAUAGCAGCCUUUGACCUUUUGUGACGUAUCAAAACAUCAAGACGUCAAACACCUCACUGUCACUACGACUCAUCUUCAUCUUCCAGCCUGCGCGCUCUGCACAUAGACUGUAUAUACUACGGACAACUUGGUUCCACCUCCCGCCUGUAUACAGAUUUGAAGCCGAAAAGUUCUCAGUAAUUCUGCGUUUUCUCUCCACUUCCUGAAACCAACAUUGCGCAGUAGCGUUGUACGCAUUUGGCAGGAGAGUCACUGCGAGUCACUGUGAUGACGCUUGGCUCAAACAGCAUACCCCCCCGGGUGAGCUACGCAAUCUUCGUACUCCCAUAGGCUGUAUCAGGUGUCAAUCAUAGCAAAUAUGAACCCUCUAAUAACUUUUAAAAAUGGAGCUGUACAGAAAAAAGAGGACUUGAGCACAAACCAGUCUGACAGUAACUACAUGUCAACAUCACAACCAGGGGGGAGAAACAUUUAUAUUCUGUGUCAUUCAUUUAUAAAGUUGGUCCACAGCUCCAUAAGGAGGCGGGGUUUAUGACCUAUACUGCAGCCACCAGAGGGCGCUGUUCUCAGAGUGGCUUCACCCAGCGAGGAGGCCGACUCUGUCCAUUCUAUGUACAGUCUAUGGUUACGAGUUUGUCCAUUCUGUGGUAUGUUAGAAACAUAGACUGUAUAUAGAAUGGACGCCGUCGGCCUCCUCGCUGGGUGAAGCCACUCUGAGAACAGCACCCUCUGGUGGCGGGCUGCAGUAUAGGUCAUAGAUCCCGCCUCAGCCAGUCAUCCUUAAGGGGUUUAACCAUUUUGGCUUCAAAUCCGUAUACUAGGGGAAGGCAAACUGAUCGAAAUACUCGAGCACUUAAACACUAAUUUUAACGUACUCAUGAACGUCGACUUGAAGGAUUAUAACAAUGACUUCAUUGUGUGAUGAAGUGAUAGUUCCUGGUGUGAAGACGACAGCAGGCGGAUUUCCUCUUUGCAGAUCUUUGUUUUUAAAGAAGUUAAAGUGAACUUUAGGAUGUUUGGUCGAUAUUAGCUGUAAGGAUUAGUGGGCGGAUCAAUUUUGAUGGAAACAUUUUGGUAAAGAUGGUUCAGACUUGCAGCAAAGUCGUCAAUAAUCUCAGGUUUUUUCGGGGUUGUUUUUCCUCAGAUGCUGACCUUCGCUGCCCUCCCACUCUCACUGUUGCUCAUCUUAUUUCUGCUCGAUUGGUACUCCCUGUUUGUGCCUGACACUCACUCUUUCUUCCUUUCCUCUUUCAGGAAGCCAAAUGUGGAGAGCCCUGGAGUGUUGAAGAAAGGGAAGCUGGUCCAAGGGAGGAGGAAUACAUGUCCCAGUCCUCAGGACAUCACCCGGGCCCUGCAGAGCCCCAGCUCUGCUCCCAGUGCCAGCGCUGCCAGCCUGGAUGAGCUCAUACAGCGCUGCCUGAACUGCUUCGGUCAGUCUCUGUCUCUACGUGUUGCAUGUGUUUCCAAAGUUUGUCAUGUGACUUUACUCUUUAUCACAACAGGUUAUAUAAAUGAGGGAUGAGGGAGAGUGAGAGAGGAUCCGGGGCGAGUGAGGGAGAGUGACUGAAAAGGAGAGAGACAAAGGGCAGUCUCAUACAAUCGGGCUUUGUUCUGGUCGGCUUCUGGGGCCAACUAACCAUUCCCAUGCAGUGUUACACUAAACAAACCCCUCUCUCUCCUCACCUCUCUCAGGGCGAGCUAACCAAUUAUACCUCAUUGGUUUUCUCAUCCAACCCCCCCAAAAAAACAUCUGAAACACCUGUCUGAGUAUCCAGGUAGUUCAUGUUAUAAUCACAGAGGUUAUUUCGCCAUUUUUAAAGGCUGAUAAAAGACACAGACAUCUGCUGUUGUUUGUGCUCUUGUGUUUGUUUUGUUUCUGGAUCUAAAAAGGAGGAAAGUCUGAUGUUGGUUAUGUGUAAAAAAGUGUCUUCACACGCCCCUACAUGUACGCAUCUUUUGGCCAUUAUCUGCGACACCCACCAGUCGACACACUCGUCUAGACACCUUCUCCGUUAUUUGGCUUUUCUACCCUUGUGUGUUUGUUUAUCGUACAGCUGGAAACAGGCGGGAAAACACCUGCUGCGGGCUGUCAGAAUUAAACCAGACAUUCACACUUUGAGUAAAAUAAUCCAGUCUUUUUAAAACCUGCUUGUUUCAGGUACAAAAAAUUCAACACGACAAUCUCAGACUGAACUCAGACUGAACUGACCUGCUUGACCACCGAACCAACAAGUUCUGUUGUUGCUGUCUGUUGUCGCGUUAACCCUCCGUGUGUGUGAAAUGUGCCUCUGUGUGUUUUGAUGCAGAUUCAGACGGGAAGCUUUCCAGCCCUCGAGGGUCCCAGUUGGUCCACAUGACCCUGAUGAUGCACAGCUGGGUUGUGCCAUCUCAGAUGUUUGCACAGAAACUUCUCAGCAUAUAUCCUCCAACGUCAGUCUACUUGUCUGAUCACGUUCAUGUGGAUUAAUUAGUAUUUCCCUCUUAUAUAUGUACAUUCUUAUAUGUACUCAUAUCAGCACUCUGAGUUUUUGGAUCCUUGACUUUCUUUCCCACUUAUAAGGAUUGUCCGUCAGACAAGAGGGGACUCAGGCGGGCCCAGGUUUGCCACCUUAUCAGGUGAGUUUGGGAGUCAGGUGUAUGAGUGCAUUACAGAACUGGUUAUCCCGCUCUGUUUGAGAAUGGUAAACAUAUUUUUUUGCUUCAUGGCAAGGCGGUGGAUAAGCCAGUUCCCAGCGGUUUUCGAAGCAGACCCCCUCCUGGAGCAGACCAUGGGGGACCUGUGGGCCUUAGUCCGGUCGGACGGGGAGGAGAGACACUCCCAGCUCAUCGACACCUCCUGCCUGUGAGCUUCGAUUUGAUUCAACUCGAGGAGCUUUAGUUUGCAUAUGUAUCCAUGUUCCAUCAACAGAAGACUGAUCUCUGUCUGCUCCUCCGCAGAGGCCCUCAUGUAAACAUAUUCCAGGCGCCGUCGCCCUCUGUGAAGAAGAGGAAGGUGUCGCUCAUCUUUGACCACAUGGAGCCGGAUGAGAUGGCUGAGCACCUCAGCUACCUGGAGUUCAAGAACUUCUGUAACGUUUCAGUAAGUUUGACGAACAACUUCUCCUCACUGGUGUUCGGACUCUGAGCAGGACUGUUUUUAACUCCCACCUGACCUCCUCUAGUUCCUGGACUACCGAAGCUACGUGGUGCGAGGCUCGGUGAGGGACAACCCUGCUCUGGAGCGGUCUAUCAUGAUGUGUAACGGAGUCUCCCAGUGGGUCCAGCUGAUGAUCCUCAGCAGACACACGGCCCAGCAGCGAGCUCAGGUCUUCACCAAGUUCACUCACGUGGCUCAGGUAAGCAGACAGAUGAGUCUGAGAUCUGGACUUGUUAAGUGUUUUUGAGGAGAUAUCGACUGUUCGCUCCUUUAUGGUUGUUUAUUCUGGUCCUUCCUCGACAGAAACUUCGAGCUUUGCAAAACUUUAACACUCUAAUGGCGGUGACCGGCGGCCUCUGUCACAGCUCCAUCUCCCGCCUUAAAGACACCUCCAACCUGCUGCCUCCUGACGUGACUAAGGUAUUUCUAACAUUACACCACGUGGACCUCCUGAUGACCACAUUUUCAUCUUUAUUCCUGAGCUUCACUGUCUGAUUUAAUGUUUUUGUUACUUCUACCUUUAAGUUUUGUCAAAUCUGAAGGUUUUAGAUUUUAAGUCUCAUCUUCAAAACCAGAAGAGAGGAAUAAUUCUUUAAAGAACAUUCAGUAAAGAUGAGGUUAAGUUUUGUCCUCCUGACCUCUACAACAGGAAAUAAAGGUCGCAAAUGUUUUCGUCUUAUUUCUUCUCUUAACACAAUAAAAAUUUGCUGCGGUAUAAAAAAAGGGCAAAGCUGCUUAAAACACUGAUAUAAGAAUGUUUUAUUUAUAAAUGUAUACAGAAUUCAUCAUCUAAAUAUGUCUUUAGGGCUGGGCGAUAUGGGAAAAAGUUUAUCAAUAUAUAUUUUUUUCAUAUCAGUCAAUAUUGAUAAAUACCACAAUAAAAAAAUCACGUCAAUUUUAAACGUUCCCUGUUACUAUUAAAUGAAAUUUGACAGUGUUCAUUGGUAAUAUUUUUUUAGGGCUGGGUGAUAUGGCCUCGAAUCAAUAUCAGGAUAUAUUGAUCAGUUCACCUGGAUAGCAAUUAACAGAGGAUAACUACUCCACAAGCUGCUCACCCCCUCCAACAUUAACUCUGUCUACUCGAGUGAACCGUCCUCCAUCUCCUCAACUGUCUUUCCCUCUUUGUUACCCACUGGAUGGGGUGGAGUCAUGUCUCUGACGUAGGACAGCGUCUUAAAGGGACAUGAGACCAUAGCCUACCUACACACAUCCAAAAACAACUUUGAUUUAUUUAUGUUUUUAACACUAAUUAUACUGAUAUUGGCAAAAUGAUGUCAGUUAUUGUCGUAAAUUUCGGUAUCUGUAAAUUUUCAGUUUAUCGCCCAGCCUUAAUAUCAAGGGAAACUAAUUUUUGAUAUAUAUUAUUAUGAUUUUAUCGCCCAGCCCUAUAUGUCACUUUCUAAAUCUAACAUGACGGACUCACUCCUGUCUUUGUCGUCUUCAGGCCCUCAGCGAGAUGACGGAGCUGCUCUCAUCACGCAGCAAUUACAGCAACUAUCGGCGGGUUUAUAACGAAUGCACUGGCUUCAAGGUUCCCAUCCUGGGGGUUCAUCUGAAGGAUCUGAUCUCGCUGAACGAGGCUCUUCCUGACUACGUAGACGAAGACAAGAUCAAUCUGAGCAAGCUGCAGCACCUGUACAGCAACAUCAGUGACUUGUUGGCCAUUCACAGCAGCACCCCGCCUUUCGAGGCCAACAAAGACCUCCUGCAUCUGCUCACAGUACGACACACUGCUAACUCCUAACUUAUAAAGAUCUCGUCAGAGUCAUCUGAAGGUGUCUUAAAUCACGCUCUCUCUUUGCCUCAGCUUUCUCUAGAUUUAUACUACACAGAGGAUGAGAUAUAUGAACUUUCAUACACCAAGGAACCCAAAAACCCCAAGAUCCAGGUCAGUAAAGGUCCAUGUUUGUCUUUGAAGUAUCUGUUAUCUAACAACAGCAGGCUUUGGUUUGUGUCUGUAGAGGAGGGACAUUUGUGUUCAGUCUGUGGGAGUAAAACUCAAAACAAAAGCACACGCUCAGUGCACUCUAAACUCGGCCACAUCAAAGUCUCAUACGUUAGGGAAGCGUAUCAUGUGGUGGGUGUGCUCUGCUGUUUUUUUUCGUGUUUCUCACAUGUGAAGUCUGUUGUCUCAUCACUCUAACUGUCGGUCCACAGCCCGUGGCCCCGGUCAAACCACCUGUGGUAGCAGAGUGGGGUUCAGGGCUCACACCCAGGCUUGACCCUGACACCAUAUCUAAACACGUCAAACAUCUGGUGGAUGUGAGUAUGGGACUCUGCAACAGCCUCUCGUCUUUCACUUCCUUAUUACUUGACAUGCUAAAGCAGAACUAAGCAGCCGGUCCUGACAACUGAAUAUCCGAUCGCUCUGUCGCCCCCUGCAGUCCAUCAUGAAAAACUACGACCACAACCAGGAUGGUUACAUCUCUCUUGAGGACUUUGAGAAAAUAGCAGCCAACUUCCCCUUCUCCUUCUGCACACAUGAAACUGACAGGUGGGGAAGCUGCAGAGGCCCCUCUGAGGGGGCGCGGAAAAUAACUGCAGAGUGAAAAAAUGUACAAAUUUAUUCAGAUUAUCAAAAAACUAACUAACUCAUCUUUGUGUCACAUGUUGGAAAUUUCUCCUCCCAGGGAAGGACAGAUCAGCCUUGAGGAAAUCACCUCUUACUUCAUGAGGGGAAUGUCUGUGUGUGCGAAGCUAGGCUACAACUUCAACGACGUGCACAACUUCCAUGAAACCACAAAUAAGAGGCCGACGUUUUGUUACAUCUGCGGAGGAUUUGUGAGUGUCUGUUAUAUCCUCUUUAUUUCUGUAUCAGUGGUUCAAACUCUAACACAACAUAUUUAUCAUCUCUGACCUCUUGUAGCUGUGGGGAGUCAUCAAACAAGGAUACCACUGUAAAGGUAAGCAGGAUGACACCUGAGGUUACUAAAGUUAGACAAAAACUAAACCUCUUUUUGUUCGUGAGUUAUAGUCUUCAUGAUUCUCUCUCUCUCUCUCUUUCUCAGACUGCGGGAUAAACUGUCACAGACACUGUAGAGAUCUGGUGGGAAUGGAGUGCUCAAAGAAACAUAAAAACCUGUCCGGGUCCUGCCCCUGCACCCCGCCUGACUUCAGAACCAAGGGCAACAGCUGGAGUACGUCCUUUCCUCAUCACACACAGAACUCUGAAUUUCCAGCAUAUGAUUUGACUUUCACCUGGAUCGCUGAUGUCUGUUCAUCUCCACCAGGUUCAGAGGAAGAGGCCUUCAUUUUCCCCCAAAGUAAUGAGUCAGAUCUCAAUAAGGGACCGUCUGCUUGGUCGAUUAACACCAGUGACUCUACGCUGUCAGACCGCUCUACUCAGACGGACCCGGGGGUGUGGACGCCUGAGAAAAGGGACCAAAGCGGAAACCACCACAACUCAGUUCUUCAUGGAUCCCCAGAGAGAAAGGUGAGAUAGAGCGACAGGAUGACACUUUCUGUUAAAGGUGGGGUAGUCAGGAUCUGAGGAAGCCAAACCAGAGAGAAUCUUGAAUGUAAACUCUACCCCUCCCAACCAGUUUUCCCCUCAGCUCCUCCUCUCCAAGCCCCGCCCACAAACAGACGCUCCUGCUCGCUCGUAUCGUUCCAGUUAAAUUCAGAUAUAAUGCAGAUAAAUACUUCAGAUCAUUACAAAUGGGGCCCAGUCAAGGUGAAAGUCAAAAGCAUUGGUGCUACUGUAGAUGCCAACAGACUACCAGCAAACACAAUGUUUGCAGGACUUCUACAACGAGGAUAAAGUGACAUAGUCCAGGACCCGAGGGAGGACAGUUUAGCGAUGGCGCUACAACACGCUACAGCAGGUCCGUUUGACAAGAAACACUUCUGUUACAGACACUUGUCUUACUUUGUUAAAGCGGUUUACCUGUCCAGCAGAAAGGUUACAGGGUCACCAAGAUCCCCAAGCGUCCCCCAUCGUUUAUGUUGACCCGGCUUUUUAGCUCUUGUCCGGUCUACCUCCGUUUUAAGCGCCCGUUAUUCCUCCAGAGUCUCCGGUAUUUACGUCGUUUUCUUGCUUGUGUCGGCAGUCGUGGCCAAAGGAGGAUUCAGACAAUUUUCCGAACUUUCUGGUUGGUUUCUACUGUCCGAUAUUGUAGCACGCUAACUUUGUUUGGGCUCCUGAACGACACGGGGGAGCAGCGUCUGCCUCACAACCAAUCAGGUUAGAGGAGGUGGAGAACGGCUUUGUUUACAGUCAGAAAGAGCGGACCGCUCAAGUAUAAGAGAACACAGAGAUAUCGUUAUAUUACCAAAUGUCAUCAAUAACUGAUAACUAUUGACCGAUAUUUAAGCUUUUUUGUAAAUACGACACAAAAAAUAGAUUCUUCUUUAACGUAUUCCUGCCGACCCCACCUUUAACUGAUUGAACCUCAAGCAAAAAGAAAAGAAAAAAGACUUGUACUUACAUUUAUCUCUCUUCUUUUGUAUUUCAGGCAAACACACUCCCGCUGAGAUCCCGAGGCUCCUCCAUGCCGGUCUCUUUCCUGCAGGAGAAGAUGGAGGAGUUACAUCUCUACAAAGACAAGAGCCGAGAGCCUGACUGAACAUUUCCUCUCAUGGACUAAAUAUCCAGACACCACCACGUUUCUCACAGACCUCCGUCUGUAGCUGGUGUUGAACUGAUCAAAUUCACUGCCAUUAAAUAUGAGUACCAGCAAACCAUGCAGGGGACGAUCUCAUUUUUCAGCCAUGGUUGUGCCUUUACUUUGACUUUGUCUUUUCAGCUUUGCUCAUUGUUUAGAGUUCAGACAACAUUUCUGGAGCUGUAACUUAUUUGCAUCUUGGUGUGUUUGUAGCACUUGGGUCUCAUUUCUCUGGUGCUAAGAUUCAAUGCAACCUCAAGCCAUAAGGUCUCAAAGAUGCUCUGGUCCUUUAAACACAUUAGAAACAUAAAGAAACACUAACCUCGGCAAAUAAGAAAAGGAUGAUUUUGACCUCGGCAGCUAAGGCGACUCAGCCCAUGAGUUUGGAAAGUAAACCAACAACCACAGGAUCACAUCUGUAGACAUCAGACCAGGAGAUGACGGGAGACGACUGGAGCAUCUUUGGACGUGCUACCAUGAGACUGAAGACCUUGACGUGGCUGUAUUGGAUGUUUUUUCUCUAAUGUAGAAAAUUUUAUUCCGCACUUCUGUUUGGGUGUAUUUAUGAAAGGUCAAAGAGCUCAUCAUUUCUGCAUCUGACAGUGUAAGAAACUCAGAGCAGCAGACGGCUGCUAUCCACAGAUAAAUCCGAGAAAUUUACUCUCACCGAGGAAACAUUUUAGACCUUCAAAUUUCUCCUGAUCAGGAAUUUUUUAAACAUUUUGUUGAGAGCUUCAUUUUCUCUUUUGUGAACAAUUUCAAUCAUUUAGGUGAGAGAAAACAGGAUAAUUAACUUCACGGAGCGAUCUUUGAAUAAAUGUACCCCGACAGAGAUGAACUCUUUGACGUGUUGUUUUGAACUUGUUUAAAAAAGGAUCACAUUGAAAUCUUCAGGCAUAUACAAUUGCUUUUAUUGUAUAAAGACAAGACAACAGUUUGGGUAACUGGUCAUAAUCAGGUUUUGUUUUCAGGUAGAAAAAAAUUGGGUUUUACAACAAGGUUUCAACUACUGGACUCAUGAACACCAAUCACAAAGGAAUUUAAAAAAAAGAAAAACCUGCACAAACAUCUACUUAAAGUGGCAAAAUAUUCUUAAUCAAAAACUGGAUCAAAUCUUAAAUACUACUGUAUCAACACCUAUAAAAAAUGUUUUAUGUUUGGAUGCUAUUGGAGUAAAUAAAAUGUGCUCGCUCAAAAACGGAAAAAAUAAAAGAGCAAGACAGAAGAAAGGGUAAUGAAAGUAAAAAGCAUGCAUUUUUGUUCUUUGUUAAGCCUCUCAAAACAAGCAAAAUUAUUCAGCCUUUGCUUUAGCUUCCCUGUCUCUUCCCAUGAUUCCUAGAAAUAUAUGAUUAUUAACUCUUCAAUCUGUCGCAAAUGUGGAGCCUGCAGUUCUACAAACGUCCACAUUCGAUGCAUAUUAGAUAACAUUCAUUAAAUGUUUUGAUAACCUAUCAUCUACCAGCUCACGGUCACUGCUCGGAGUAAGACUUCAUUCAGUAAAAAAUGAGAAGACAUCAAACUGUAUACAGUUUUAUGUGUACAUUAACUGGUGAGGAAUGAAGGCUACUGUGUUAGACCAGACAGAGACAGGAAUGGGUGGGGACACUUUUAGUGAAGACUGUACAAAAUCGAUUUGCUGUAGAGGUCAGAGUGUCCAGGACACAGGUGGAUGCAGGGAUUAUGAAGGGGGGAAGUUACUGGGAUCCAGAAGACGAGCCUUGGCUGCCCUGUCCAGGGUAGCUGCCGUACUGGCUGUAAUACUGGUUCCACUGGUUCUGGUUCUGGUAGUAUUGCUGCC